AUGAUCUACUCCAGCAUUUUCUGUCUCUUUGGCAUUGUCUUCACCAAUGUUGUUGCUGAGCCGUUACCCAUUCGGAGACGAGAGGAGAAUGCGACGACUAAUCGUAACACUUUCGCUUCAAUGACACCCUCAAAGACGCUUGCCUGGGUUCCAUGUUACGGGGACUCAUUAGCCGCCGAGCUGGGUCCUGUCAGCUGUGCUCGAUUGAUUGCGCCUCUUGACUACCUAAACACGUCUUUCGGAGAUGUUCAACUAGCCAUCAUCAAGCUUGGUGCCUCUAAUCAUACUCAAACCACAAGAACGGUUUUUGUGAAUGGAGGAGGUCCGGGUGGUGAUCCUAUCGACUUCAUAACGGACCGUGGUGCUUUGCUCCGUGCUCAAGUUGGGAACGACGUUGAUCUAGUUGGCAUUGUUCCAAGAGGGGUGGGAUCCACCUUUCCGCCAAUCACUUGUGAUGCUACAGAUCUCGCUUCAGCCCAGCGGAACAGGGAUAUCACCGACUCGCAGCCUGGGUACACCGACAAAUCACUGAACGAGAGCUACGCGGUAGGGGAGUCGCUUGAGCUCGACUGUGACCUUGUCACCCCUAGUCUAGUCCCCUACGUCGGAACUGUGCAUGUGGCAAAGGACAUGGACUACGUUUUGCAAAUCUUGGGUCAAGACAAGCUUUCUUACUUGUAUCCUGGAUAUUCUUAUGGCUCCAUACUUGGUGCUACUUAUGCGGCACUUUUCCCUGAUAAAAUAGAUCGCAUGGCGCUAGAUGGUAUUGUUGACUUCAACAGUUGGUAUAAGCCUGAAAAGGAGCCAGGGUUCGACAUUGGUGACGCCGAUACCGCCCUGAAUAACUUCUUCCAAUUCUGCUAUGAUGCUGGGCCAGAUAAGUGCGCCUUCUGGUAUAGUAGUCCAAAAGAGAUUCGGGACCGCUUCUUUGAGGGCGACCAACGCUUUUUAGAAAACCCGCUCCCAAUCCCAGGUUUCGGACUCCUCAAAAUACCGCUCUGGCGCUUGGGGGUUUACAGUGCUCUUUACCAACCGGCGAGAGGCUUCGCCCUACUGGCAAGCGUUGCAGCGGAGAUCUACAACCGUGCCCCCGGUCGUGGGAUCAAAUCGUAUCUGGAAUUCGUUAACAACGUAAGCUCGCCACUUGAGUCUCCUCUGGUCGACACCACAACCGGGCUCAAAAACAGCCCCAACAUAGUCUACACGAUUUUCUGCAGUGAUAGCGGGGGACGAGCGGAGGGAACUGGGAUGAGUAAGCUUGAAGCUGUGUUCAACAAAUAUCAAGGAGUGAGCCAGUACUUUGGUGGCUUGUCUUCCCAGAUAGAGAUUAUCUGUUUGAGUGCAGGGCUGCCGGCCAAGGAACGCUUCACAGAGAAGUUUGAGAAUAUAAGGACGAGCAAUCCUAUCUUGUUCGUUGGGAACACGGCUGACCCUACUACUCCUCUCCGAAACGCUUUCAGCAUGUCGAAGGCCUUCCCAGGGUCAAGCGUGCUCACUAUCAAUGGCACAGGCCAUUUAUCCUAUUCGGCCACCCAGGACAGUGAGUGCACAGCGGAAUGGAUUGUGCCGUACUUCACAAACGGUACGUUACCCCCGAAUGCGACUGUCUGUAAGGGAAAGCAGACGCCAUUUGAGCUGCCUACGACACAGCUAUGA